CGAUUCGUUUGUCUUACUCAUGCAUUCUGGGAAUCUCCUCCCAUGUCUUUGUGUCCUAAUGAGAUUUAAUGGCACCUGUAGUCUGGACACUAGAAGCAGGCAGCAAGCCAGACGUCUUGUGUCCUCUGCGCCUGAGAAGAUCACUAAGGAAUUAUUUCACUUGGCUGGUUAUUUAUUUUUUUCCCUUCGUCCGGGUGAAGUGAGUUCAGAAGAGCGGCGUUUUCUCGUGCUACAGUAAAUCCAGGAAGUCUCUGUAUUUGGACGUCUCAUUUGGAAAGACUCAGAGAACCCUAUUGGAUUUUCUUUACACUGCCAGAUCAGCACUCAGGGUUGAGUGUGUGUGUGUUUGAGGACAAGGCAGCACACACACACACACACACACACACACGGCCCACCUCAGGCUUUGGGGUGGAGAUUCCACCAGUCACUCAGGCUGAGGACAGCAAAGCAGGUUUAUCUUCCUGUCCUCCUAUUGAGAGAGAGAGAGAGAGAGAGAGAGAAGGAGGGAGGGAGGAGUGACAACACAUUCCCAGCCUACAAGGAACUUGCUCAAGCAGGAACACAUUCAUUCUGCCGGAAUCCACACACACUCUCACACUCUCACACUCUCUCGCUCUCUCUCGCUCUCUCUCUCUCUCCCUCACACACACACACACACAUUGUCUCUGUUUCUGACGGUCUCGUCCAUCUCUCGCCGUGUUGUGGGCUGGCUGUUUGGAGCUGCGGCCGUCCAGCAGGAUGCACCUGGCUCUGGACUGGCACCGGCGGGUCACGCUCACCACCAUGCUGCCGUACUUCGUGGAGAACGCCGUGCUCACGCAGCGCGAGAUCUACCGCAUUCUGAGCGAGAGCUUUUUCAUGGUGAAGGGAGCCGCGUUGUUCCUGCAGCAGGGCAGCAGUGCGCAGGGUCAGAGGACUCACUCCCACCACAAACAUGCAGGAGAUUUACCUCAGCACCUACAGGUGAUGAUCAACAUUCUUCGCUCCGAGGACCGAAUCAAACUGGCGGUGCGGUUGGAGAGCGCUUGGUCAGAUCGUGUGCGGUACAUGGUGGUGGUUUACACCAGCGGCAGACAGGACACGGAGGAAAACAUUCUGCUGGGGAUGGACUUCAGCAAUAAAGACAGUAAAAGCUGCUCUAUAGGGAUGGUUCUGCCUCUUUGGAGCGACACAAAGAUCCAUUUGGACGGAGACGGGGGUUUCAGCGUGACUACAGCAGGACGCACACACAUCUUUAAACCUGUGUCCGUUCAGGCCAUGUGGUCGGCUCUGCAGGUGCUGCACAAAGCAUGCGAGGUGUCGCGGAGAUAUAACUACUUCCCUGGCGGAAUUGCACUCACCUGGACGGGCUACUAUGAGAGCUGCAUCUCCUCCGAACAGAGCUGCAUCAAUGAGUGGAACGCCAUGCAGGACCUGGAGACGCUGCGACCCGACUCGCCCGCCAUGUUCGGAGACAAGCCGACGGAGGGAGAGCGAACCGAAUGCCUCAUCAAAACCAAACUCAGGAGCAUCAUGAUGCUGCAGGACCUGGAGAAUGUGACGUCUAAGGAGAUCCGUAACGAGCUCGAGCAGCACAUGAACUGCAAUCUGAAGGAGUACAAAGAGUUCAUUGACAACGAGAUUCUGCUGAUCCUGGGUCAGAUGGAUAAAGCCACGCUCAUAUUCGACCACCUCUACCUGGGAUCUGAAUGGAACGCUUCGAAUCUAGAGGAGCUACAGGAGACAGGGGUGGGCUACAUCCUAAAUGUCACACGUGAGAUCGACAACUUUUUCCCGGGGACUUUUUGUUACCACAAUGUGCGUGUGUACGAUGAAGAGACCACGGACCUGCUGGCUCACUGGAACGACACGUACAACUUCAUCGUUAAGGCUAAGAAGAACCAUUCUAAGUGUCUGGUCCACUGUAAGAUGGGUGUAAGCCGCUCGGCAUCUACGGUCAUAGCCUACGCCAUGAAAGAGUACGGCUGGACCCUGGAGAAGGCCUACAACUUCGUCAAAGAGAAACGCAGUGUCACGCGGCCCAAUGACAGCUUCAUGAGACAGCUAGCCGAAUAUGAGGGCAUUCUGGAUGCAAGCAAGCAACGUCACAAUCGGCUGUGGCAUCCAGACUCUGAGUGUGAUCACCCUGACUGUCAGCGUCCGGCAGCACCCUGCUGCGCCGACUCCUCGUCCCCAGGGGCCGGUCCCUCGUGCUGCGAAGCUGCUGCUCACUCUUCGCCCCUUGCUUUGGAACUUGACCCGUCCAACCCCCAAAACUACAACUACUAUUUCCGGCGUCUGUCGGACUCUGCGCUGGACAGCGAGCCGUCAACACCGGUGCGUAUGCCGCCGCCGCUGCUGGAUGUGGAUCGCGUCUACAUUGAGAUCGAGGAUGUGGAGCGUGAUGCCCUGCUGGAUGAUGAGGCAUUUGAAACACCCCGCUUCACCGCUCCUGCUGGAGAGGGCACAGCAGCACAGACUUGCACCCGUGGUGCCGAACCGUUGGAGGAGCUGCGCCUGCGCCUUGAGUUCAGCACUGUAGAAGAGGAAGAUGAGGAGGAGGCAAAAAAAGAACAGGAGGAGAUGCAGGCACUGGCCGAGGGGGGGAGGAGAGAGAGAGAAGGAGGUGUGGGGGGGGCAGAGUGUGAGGCGAGUGGCAUCGAUCUGGGUAACAUGAAUCACCUGUGCAACGAGAACUCCAACAACAACAACCACCUCCGAACACAAAACAAUCUUGCUGAGAAUACCCUUAAGAAACAGGCAUCUAAACCCAGACCACUAUCCAGCUCUCUCACAGCCCCCAGUACCGUCUCUAAUGCCAGUGGACAUGGCCUUGUCCCCUUACCCCUCUCUGGUGUGCCUAGUAUCUCUGUCGAAGUGCCAGCUUGCAGCAGUGUUGCAGUCAAGGCCAUCACACCCACGCGCCUAUGGCCUUGUGGCCCAAACUGCAAGUGCACCAAGUGCAGCAAGACAGCUUCAGAUUCGUGUGUCUCCUCAGCCAUUCCACCCUUGGUGCAUAAGGACAAGUCCGGAAGCCUGUCACAGAAACCUGAUCUUCAGCAAACAAAGGAUACAGCACUGGGGCAAGUGGUCAAAAGGAAUGAAGUAUCAGCAGGCAAGGACAAGGCAGAAGAGAGGUCUCCAGUUAUUCCCAGAGAGGGGAGCUCGCAGCAACAGCAGGAGACACUAGACCAGCUCCAUAGGUCCGGCCUGGUCAGGCGGCGAGCUGAGAGGCUGGAGAAACUUUCAGGCUUGUUCCAGGAACGUUUCCGCGAACACGCAGGGACUACAGCACGAGACUCUGCAGAGACAACAGAGCGUCCUUCUGCAUCUGUCGAAUCUUCAUCUGGAAUGGGCGGUACUCCAGCAGACUUUUGGACAUCAGUGCCACCUGUAGCUGAAGACUCGGGAGCACUUACGCCAGUCUCAUCCCCACACGGCUCCACGCUGACACGCAGCUCGAGCAGCGACAGCAUCCGCAGCAUUCGUGGAAAGCCGGGUCUGGUGCGGCAGCGGGCACAGGAGAUAGAAGCGAGGAUGCGCCUGGCCGGACUCACAGUGCCUUCCCGUCUAAAGCGCUCCAACUCAUUAGCCAAGCUCGGCAGUCUCACCUUCUCCACGGAGGACCUGUGCUCCUCAGCAUGCUCUUCUGACGCUGGCACCCUUCUUCUUCUCACGCUCUCCCCGGAGCCAGAGGGCACUAUCAGUCCAGAUUGGGACCGUGCCAAUCUCUGCUCUGCCACUACAGCCAUGGAGCUCUUCAGUCCCGGAGCAACAGGAACACCUGAGCCCAGGAGCUGACAAUAAGGGAGGGGGAUUUGUGCAAGAUGAUGAUGUAUUUGGACAAAGCUUCCCUUCCUGAAAACCUCUUUCUCUUAAAUGGAAGGAUUGGCCAUCCGCAAAUCGAUACCCAGGUGGGGCGUUAGGGUUUGCAGUAAAAAGAUCUCUUUAAUGGGUGGAUUGGAAAAGGCCCGGCUGAAGUUCCUGGAAUAUGUGUGGAAGGACUGUGCUUUACCCAAAUUAAAAUGUAGAGUUGGGGAAAAAACAGGGUUUGCAACACAAAAACUGCUGUCCCAAAAGCCUUUCCUCUUACUUGAGAGGAUUGGUCAUCUACAAAUGGUGUCAAAGGGAACAUCCUGCUGAAGUUCUUACAACUUGCAUGGAAGGACUGCGCAGUAGAUGAACUAACAAAUAGAGUUCAGAAUGAACAGACCUUUUAAAUGCUGUGAAUAUUAAAAAUAUGCUACUCAAGGAAACAGGUUAUCCAAAUAUUUCGAGAAGGCUCUUGUGGUUUUAAGGCUUUUGUUGCAUGGAACUGAAGCUGAAAAUGUGUGAGAAAAACUACGUGUACACCGAGUGCUCUUCGGCCAAGCGUCCAAGGAAACCAUUGCUUUGGUUCCCCUUCCUGCUGAGCAGCCAUAUUUCACAAGAAAUUGCUACCUGUUGUCUGUGCGUCUACACAUCAAAGUCUGGUUCGGUGUGAAUCCCAUCUUCCUGCUUACUCACAUUUUUGAUGACUUUCUGGAUACUUCUGAACAGCAAAGGGAAAGGGAUUUCCAAAUCACUGCUGGUUACUUAGUGUGUGCUGAGAAGUUUCUAGAAUGGAAAAACACAAUUCUGUUUCAAUCUCUCUGCUGAUCACUCUGCUCUGUAUAUCAACAGAUGUUGCUGGAGAUACAUAGCUGUAUUUUGCUCUGGUCUGAAUUCCAUGGUUCAUUUUACCACUGAAUGUUAACACUGGGCACAUGAUGGCAGUCUGGACUUGUUUGAAAUAUUAUAUUGAAAACACUAAGAUGUGUUUGUGUCUGUGUGUGGGAGAAGGCUUUCAAGUCUUCUUAAGGUGUUUUGGAGAAACAGUGGUUGAUAUUUUGUCUCAGACCCUCAUAGUGAUGAUUUCCUUGAAUGCUUUAAUAUGGAAGCUAUCACUUUAGCACCUUAGGGACUUUUUGGUAUCUGUCAAAAAUGUGAUUCAGUGAGAACGCUGCAUUUGGGGGCUACGUCAAUCACUACGGUCAUUUACCCCGGUUUUGGGUUAGAUGAUGAGAAACUAAUCCUGGUUGUCAUGUAACGUCCAGAGCUAUAUUUUCCAGCGGUAGAACUCUACAAGGGCAGCUCUUGUCAACCCUUAACUUGGCACACACUCAGUGUGUUCGCAGGUCUACUGGGUUAUAGCACAAAAUAAAUAUAUGUCCUCUAAAAUCCACAAAGCUCCACAAACACGCCUAUGACGAACCAGCAAUGCAUAUCAGUGGAGGCUAAAACAUCCUAUGAACGUGGUAUAAGGAUGUUUCUGGAACAUCAGCCCCAGACAAGAUUCCUGAGCAAUCACAGUUACUCUGUAUUCACACUAGCAAGAGAAAAAGCAGCAGGCAUCCGUUCAUUUUCAUCACACAGGGUGUAUGUUCGUCACAGAGUUGCGAAUCCAGCAAUAAGGAGGAGGGGGGGUAUUUUAUUUAUAAAUUCAAUUAACAUCUGGAUUAAGAUUUUUCUCAAUUCGGCCAAACUUCGCCACGGGUUAUCUGUCUGCCCACUUCUACUUCCUUACAACUUCAGUUCCUACUUGCAUUUAGUUCCAAUUCUACAUUGAUUGCCACUUGAAAAUGAAAUAGAAACUGAAGUUGCCUCAGUUCUAUCUUAUUAUAGUAUUAAAUUGUGUUUUUAGCGAAAGAAACCCAGGGAUUUGUAUAAAUUCUAGACUAGAGCAUAUACACUUUCAUUACUUCCUUUUUCCAAGGAAUAAAACACGACCCGGUGGUGAUGCGUAGAUUAUUUUCCCAUAACAGCAAAUCCCUAAAGUGUUUUAGUCCUCUUAUAUCACAGCAACUUACUGUGACUUUUUAUGCUUUUAUAGUGUUUAACGUUAUGUACGUGAAACAAGGUAGUUCCUGUUACUAUUACUUACAUUAUAGAAGCUAUAAAAAGUAAUUCCCUCACCUUCUCUUGAAGUUAAUAAGAAAAAACCCAGCUUGUCAUUUAACCUAGAAACCACAAAACUCAACAUCAUGGCGGAAAACUUGCUGACUGUUACAAAGCGCUGACACUGGAGACUCCUUCCAAAAAAAAAAAUGCUAAAUAAAAAUCUCCUUACAGAAAACUUCACCAUAUCAACAAUUAUAUGUUUUUCUUUGUUAAAUAGCAACAGUUUAUUGUUAGAUUUCGAUUGUGGUGCGUCCACCAUACAAGUUCCUGUGAAAGAUCUGUUACUAUGGAAAUAAUAACGUAUUAGAACAAACACAUUAAUAUAAACCUGUGGUUUGAGUUGCAGACAGAACUACUGACAGAGCUGCCGUUACCUAAAAUUAGUCCACGCCUUCUGACCAAUCAGAAUUAAGAAUUCAGCAGCACUGUGGUAUAAGGGGAUUUAUAAAAGUGACGACAGUUGCGCUACACAACCAUGAAAACAUGGAAAACGCGGACCAGGAGUGACAUCAUUGACAUGUUAGCUGCUAGUAUGAACGCAGAGUAAGAUUAUAACGACUCUCUCCUUUGUAAUACUGUACGUUUCACUUAGAGUGGAAGAUUCUAGAUGUAGUAAGCAGGUUCUAGUUACCGAAUGGUUUCUUCAGAUAUUUGCCUUGAUCUAGAAAGAGCCGGAAGGGUAGAGAUCAAAAAGAAAUGAGGUCUGUUUUCUCCUACUGAACAAAUAUAAAUCGAAAUUUCUAUAUAAUUAUUUGAAUUUUUAAAGAUGAAUAUGAUUUGAUCAAAUCUUGGUGUGUUUUGAAAUACAUUUCAGACUUAAAAAUCACAGACACACAAACACAACUAUGUGUAUGUAUGUAUGUAUUGUGUGUGUGUGUGUGUGUGUGUGUGUGUGUGUGUGUGUGUGCGCCGUUUGUCUGUAAUUGCAUUCCAACAUGACUGAGUUUGGGAGUUUGUUGAUUUCUAUCAGGAUCAUGUGAUGUGUAUCUGUCGUAUGAUAGUGUGUGCUGUCCUGAGGGUCUCAAAAUUCCUGUGUGUGAGAUCACAAGAUCGACAGCCACACACACACACACACACACACACACACACACACACACACACAAACUCAGUUAUACAGGUAUUCUAUGUUCCAGCACACUCAUUCACCCAUCACUAUUACACACACUCAUUCUCUGUCAGGUUUGUUCCCAUUUUUUCAAAUCAGUCGACAAGUUUCAAUAUUUAAGUACUUGAGUUAUUUUUUAUUAUGCAAAAUACCUUUUUUUUAAAUCUUAUUUUGUACAUCUAACAAUGCUGUUCUGUUGUAUGCGUGUUUCUGACUGAAGUGUGUCUUGUAUAUACCUUUGCAUGCGAGCGCGAGUGACGUCCCAAACCAUGGACCGUGCGAUUACUGUGAAAUAUUUAUGAGAGAUGAAAAGAAAAAAAAAAAACCCUUCCAAGUGUGUGAGUGCACGUUAGUAUUUAUCCAUGAGCAGGCUCAUACGAUACACACACGCUCCAAUCGAAUGCACACGCAUCACAAUGCACUGUAUGUAAAUAUGUUUGUAGGUGACAAAAUGGCCGGUACUUGCAUCCUCAUUACAACUCUGAAGGGAAACCUUUGGUUUUUGGCUUGAAAAAGGCACUACUGUACACCUGCACAACAACCUGAUAUCUGAAUUUUACUUCCAAAUCCUGAUAUCGUACUGUUAAAAAAAACAUCUUGGGUUUCCUGAGACAAGGUUGGGCUCGGAUUCACCGAGGAAACAUCAAGUUCACACGUCUGCGUUGCUGAUCAAAGGAAAAGCUAGUGAUUUUAGCGAAACAAUAUUACCCACGUACACAGAUUGCAAUCAACAAAUUUGAAUAAAUUAUAAUCGAUAGCUCCAAAGAUUUCAAAUUCCCAUGGUUUUUUUUUUUUUUAAUAGAGCUGAAGCAUUUUAAUGUUUAUUUUCUUUUUUUUUUUUUUUUUCCACAGACUCGUUCGCAGUCUGUGUGUUUUUACAGCAGAUGUGCUCCACAUUAUUGUGCAAUUUCAGAUUACUCAUAUUAGGGAGGAACUGCAUUGACGCAGGGUGCUUGGCCCCCUUUUUUUUUUUUACUCAUCCCCACAAACAGAAGCACUAGCGAGAGCUGCUAGUUACUGCCCAUGAUUUUAAAAGAAUCACCACUCUGUUGUGUCAAAUGAUUAUUAUCAGAAAUUUCAGCCAUAGCUCUGUGAAUUCUGUUUACAAGGUUUUUUGGUAACGCUUUACAUGAAGGUUCCCUUAACUGGCGAUAUUUAACACAUGAAAAAAUGCAAGCUGCAGCAUUAACACAACAUCAGUAAUAUUAACGAAGUGGCUAACACUUGUAUUAAUUAAUAAACCAAAUAAGCCAAAUAAUCACCUGCAUUAAACAGUGUUCAUGAAAUGAAGCCCAGAAUGAAUAACACCUGAAUGAAAACACGUUAGUGUCUGAAAAGCAAGUUCAUUAAGUUAUCAACAGGAUAACAGGGAACAGGGAACAUUAAAUCUUUGCUCUCUCAUGUGGAUUUUUAGUCAGACCAGGUUAUUUCAUUAACAAUUCAGACAAAUGUUGUUGUAGUUUGGUAACACUACUUACAGUUUAUUAAUGCUGACAUUUAAGAUUUGUUAAUGUUUACUAAUGGAACCCUAAUGUAAAAUGUUAUUAGGUUUGGUUUCUUUGGCUGGUUGUGCUUUUGGACAUUAUGUUUUUCAAAAAUGUACACUGAUUUAUGAUUUAAUCAGGGACAAGCCAUUUCAUUUUGUCCAAAACAAGCAUUGUGGAAAUCUGAUUGAUGAGUUUACUGAUGAGUUGUCUGUCAUAAUCAUCUUCUGGUUCCCAAAUCUUAGGGAAAAACAGGGUCCUCACUUUUCCUAGGUGCAAUGAUGCAGAGAUUCAUUUCCAUCCAUCUUUCAGGAGCAGCUGCGAGACUAUAGAUUUGUGAUUCCCGAGUAGAAGUGUUGAGGAAAAUUCUGGGAUGUGUUUUGAAUUUGGGAACCUGAGUUUGAUUUUCCUGUAUGCCCUCUAGGGCUCGAGUGUUUGCGUUUUAACGUUCUUGCCAAUCCCGUUCCACUGAGCCACGAUUCAUGCCAAGAGUGUCCCUGAACACCCUUCACCCUGACACAAGCCAUUGCCAUUUCGCCUCUGAUGCCACUUCAAGUCAAAGGAGUUGCUGGUUCAUGUCAUUCACAUUAGUGUUGCGUUAUUAAAGUGCCUUAUAGUGAAACACCAGAGGCAUGGUUCAGUCUGUAUCGUCCCUUCUGUUAUGUUGCCAACAAUUUUGUUAUAAAGCUGUUCUCUUUCAUUUUUGAGUUUUUAUACCAUUUAGGCUUGAUUAUCUGACUUUUUUUUAAAAAAAAAUAAAUCCUGGAAGAGAAAAACAAACAGCAUACUUCUUGAGAAGAAUUGUACACGGUCGUUAUAUAUAGAGUUGCCAAGUUCUCACUCCAAACAGAGGACAUUUUUAGCACAUUCUGGCUCAGCCAUGACCAAAGUUAAAGUAAAUGUCCAAUGCCAGUCAGUCAGUAUAGACUUUAUUUCAUGAGGAAGCUAAUUUAGCUCAGCUGAUGCCACUUUUACUGCACCUUUGGGAAGAAUGGUUUGAGUGAACAAGAGAGAUUUCAUCACUACAUGAAUCAUAUGUAAUUUUGUGACGUAUCUGGGCCUCCACUAAAGCAGCCAUAUCGUCGCUAAGGCCCUUCAUGCAAAUAGGAAGAGGUUGUGAUGUGUACGCAAUUCUCUUAUUCACUACUGUUGCCAUUAGUUUUGUUUUAUAUUUAAGUAUGCAGUAAUUUUGUCUUUUGUACCGCAAGAUUUGCUGUAGUUCUGACGCAUAUUGCACUUUGUACAUUUUGUGGAAAUGAUGUACUGUGUGUAUAUUAUGGAAAUAAACUUUCUUUUUCCAUUCA